AUGAUUUUGACCAUCGAUACAACAGAAGAUUGCGAUAUUACUAUUCGUGCAUAUGAACUUCGAACCAUUCAGAUCGGAGCUGUCGCUAGUCUUAGAACAUCUGGCUAUUUGAAAGGCAAUCAAUUAGCAAUUGAAACAAGUGAUACAUCUCAAAUUACGUUGAAUAAUAUUACAUAUGAGGUUGUUGAAGUUCUACUGUUAAAAAAUAGUAAUAUAACACUAUCGGGUUCAACUCAACGACUCCAUGUUAUUCAGUUAGGUCAAGGAACUUUUGAUUCUCGUUCCCUUUCAACCGAUCAUGCUACAGUGUUUACAAAUAACUCUGGUUUAGUAAAAAUCAAUUCCAAUAAUUAUCUCUCAUUAUCAGUUGGUAGAAUUGGUAAUAUCAUUUGGUGUUCACCUUAUGGAGAUAUUAGAACAGAACGCACAAUGAACGAUGCUUCACGUAAUAUUGUUUAUCAUUGCGAUUAG